AUGAAAGACUUAAGCAAGCAAUCCUGUUCGAAUGAUAGCUUUCAGCAUCCCUUUAUUCAAAGUAUACGAAUGCAGAAUGUUGAGGAUCUCGCUUACGAUAUUUACAUGUCUUCAGAAAUAAUACGGAACAAUGCUUGGGGUCAAUUUUCAUUUGUUCCUCAGGGCCUUCCUCACGGAUUAACAUCCGGUGGUCUACGACGUGGCAGCACUACGGUCUCAGAUUUUCAAUCGAGUCUUUCCCCUAGUACGUGUGUAAAUGGGCAAAGUGAAUACACUGACGAUGAAAUAGGUUUGCUUCAUUUAAUAAAAGCUCCGGACCGCUCAAACGACGAGUUCUCCUUCAGCGACAGCAACUAUGAGAUUUCUAAUUCCGAAAGCAGUACUUUACGCCUUUCAAGCUCAUUCACAAUUCACCGUGAUUUGAAUAUGCAUGUGUGCCCUUUUAAUGACUUUAUCGCUAAGAUUACGUAUAAUAAUCGACAAUUGCUUGGGAAGGGCGGGCUUUCCAAUGUCUAUCGAGCCAACUUACAAAUCCAUAGACGUCAACAGGAUAGUGAUCGGUCUAAGGUCAACUGCGAGACCAGUUUGUUAGGUUCCAAGUCUUUACCAGAGAAGUGCUUCAGCAUCGAAGUGGCCGCAAAGAAGACAUUCAUUACCUCGGAGAUAUUAAUGAAUGGUGAGUUACUGCCCGAAGUAGUUUCCCUUUUGAAGAUGCGGCAUAGUAUAAACCACUCCGGACUUGUUAGGGCUUUUUUGAUUUUUUUUUUCUCAGAUGACUCGGCCACUGAUACGACUCGACAACAAUUAUCCUCCCCCUCUCAGCUGGAAAAACCCCGACUCGAGAACCCCCAUUCGAAUUCAUUUUUUAUUCUAUCUCUUUUAGAACUUAGUCGGGAUGGGACGCUUUCCAAUAAACUGAAUCAAUGUGAGCAGAUUGGUGAGGUGGAAAUACGCCACAUGCUGUGGGAUAUUCUACCUGGGCUUUGCUAUUUGCACGAAAAGAUUGGGGUGGUUCACAAUGAUAUUAAACCACAGAACAUCCUGCUCUUCUCCCGGAGCCCCGCCUCGCGGUUACAGAACGGGCCACAGGGCUCAACCCUUCAGUACAAGUUAGGGGACUUUGGCCAUUCCCGGUUUGUCCAGCCCAUUAACAUACUGAUAGGACAGUUGCACCGUCUCCGUCACGAAAUUCUCACCAACACCACUCGCAAACGGUUGUUGGCGGGAACGGUGUUGUAUAUGUCUCCCGAAAGUUGUAUCGGGCUCGACGAUAGCCCUUCAAAUGACAUCUGGUCGAUCGGGAUCACUGUCUUUCAACUCGCCACCGGACACCUACCGUGGAGGCCGGUCGAGCGUGCCGUACCUGAUGUUGUUAGGCACGGGUUUAUGAAGAAGUUUUCACAAGGGUUUCUUUUAAAUCCAGACGUCGAAGACGUCGAUUUUAACACAAAGCCUUCGUUUGGUAAUAGUUUUGACACAUUUGGACCUAUUUUAGAUGAAAUUGAGAGCUCAGAGUUCUCACCAGAAUUUGUCGAUUUUGUAAAGUGGUGUUUAACGGAAGAUUUUAGAAAUCGUCCAACGUGUAGUUCUCUCUUAGAACACCCUUUUCUGUCCGGGGGCCAGCCUGAUUUGGGUUAA